UUCACUUUCAGGCAUCCCCCCCCCCCGCCUUUGUCUGUAAUUAGCUUUCUCGCAAUGGCCGACUCCAACGAACCCCAGCCGGUUGUACCGGUCCCUCGCUCCACUAAGCCCGUCAGCGAGGCCCUGCUGAACGAGAAGUGGGACCGCGCCAUCUCAUCCCUCAUCAUCCGUUCCUCCCUCGGUCUCUCUUUCGGUGUCGUCUUCUCCGUUCUGCUCUUCAAGCGGAGAGCCUGGCCCGCCUGGGUUGGUCUGGGCUUCGGUGCCGGCCGUGCUUGGGAGGAGGCUGAUUCUUCCUUCCGUCGGGGUGACUCCCCCGUCAGAGAUGCUCUGCGCCGGUAGAGCAUACCCGACUCGGCAUCUGUUUCUGUAUGAUACCUGUAUAGCUGGGAAGGAAAUCAAGUCGGCGGUGAGGGCACACAGUGGUGGUGCGGUUUAGAAGGUUCUUCUAGACUUUUCUUUACUUUUAGCAUGCAAUUUAUCGUUGGACCUGUUCGGC